ACAUUUAAACUGCUGCUGCCUGUGCAGCAGCUGAGGAACCGUGCAUUUCAAAUUAUAGACUAAAACCCCAGUAUAACUGCUCAAAAUCCUUCCUGCAGCUGCCAGGCAACUACGAAAGACGAGAGGUAAAGCCUAUUCCUUUCCAAUACAAUUGAAGCACUACAUUCUAGCUCUGGCUGCUUUACAUUGCAGCUCAGUGUUAUUACUAGAAAUAUGGAUACUGAGAAGAGAAUACAGCACUGCAUUGUCCAGCCAGGAAAACAGCAGAUGUAAAAAGCUUCAAUGCAUCAACUGUCGUGAAGAGUCAACAGUGCUUCAAAUAAAACGGACAACUACAGCUCUUUUGUUUAAAGAAAGAAAAAAUGAAAGAAAGAAAAAAUCUCACAAAGCUAGGACCCAUAUGAACAAGGAGGGCAACUCGAAGACAAUCAGACAGAUGGACACUUUGGAUACUGUGAAAAGCAAUCGCAGGAGGCAGACUGAUGGGGGAUGUGCUCAUGUUCGAUAGCAUCUUUUAUGCUGAAGUGAUGGCGUGCCCAAAGUAUUUUCAGUGGGCAUAGUCUUCUCACCAUAAAUGGCCUGACCGAAGAAGAAUGACUGCAAAGGAUACAAUGUGAUGGAAUUAGAAAAUGAUUACCAAAGAAUAGUAUUGAUUCAGAAGAAGAAAACAUUUUCAGCCAUCAUUAUCUCAUAUCCCAUUAUUGGAUAUUUACAACAUGCUUCAGUGGAGAAGAAGACACUGCUGCUUUGCAAAGAUGACCUGGAAUGCCAAGAGGUCUCUGUUCCGUACCCAUCUUAUUGGUGUGCUUUCUCUAGUGUUUCUUUUUGCCAUGUUUUUGUUUUUCAAUCAUCAUGACUGGUUACCAGGCAAAGCUGGAUUCAAAGACAAUCCUGUGACAUAUACUUUCCGAGGAUUUCGCUCUACAAAAAGUGAGACAAACCACAGCUCCCUUCGGAACAUUUGGAAAGAAACAGUUCCUCAAACUCUGAAGCCCCAAACUGCCACUAACUCUAAUAAUACAGAUCUGUCACCACAAGGAGUUACAGGGCUGGAGAAUACACUUAGUGCCAAUGGAAGUAUUUAUAAUGAGAAAGGUACUGGUCAUCCAAAUUCUUACCAUUUCAAAUAUAUUAUCAAUGAACCUGAAAAAUGCCAAGAAAAAAGUCCUUUUCUAAUACUACUAAUAGCUGCAGAACCUGGACAAAUAGAAGCUAGGAGAGCUAUUCGGCAAACUUGGGGCAAUGAGAGUCUAACUCCUGGCAUUCAAAUCACACGAAUUUUUUUGUUGGGAGUAAGUAUUAAGCUAAAUGGCUACCUUCAACGUGCAAUACUGGAAGAAAGCAGACAACAUCAUGAUAUAAUUCAACAAGAAUAUUUAGAUACAUACUAUAAUUUGACCAUUAAAACACUAAUGGGCAUGAACUGGGUUGCAACACAUUGUCCACAUAUUCCAUAUGUUAUGAAAACUGACAGUGACAUGUUUGUCAACACUGAGUAUUUAAUACAUAAGCUACUGAAGCCAGAUCUGCCGCCCAAACAUAACUAUUUUACAGGUUAUCUAAUGAGAGGAUAUGCACCCAAUCGAAACAAAGAUAGCAAGUGGUACAUGCCACCAGAACUCUAUCCAAGUGAGCGCUACCCUGUCUUCUGUUCUGGAACUGGUUAUGUUUUUUCUGGAGAUCUGGCAGAAAAGAUAUUUAAGGUUUCUUUAGGUAUCCGUCGAUUGCACUUGGAAGAUGUAUAUGUGGGAAUCUGUCUUGCCAAGUUGAGAAUUGAUCCUGUACCCCCUCCCAAUGAGUUUGUGUUCAAUCACUGGCGAGUUUCUUAUUCAAGCUGUAAAUACAGCCACCUAAUUACCUCUCAUCAGUUCCAGCCUAGUGAACUGAUAAAAUACUGGAACCAUUUACAACAAAAUAAGCACAAUGCCUGUGCCAACGCAGCAAAAGAAAAGGCAGGCAGGUAUCGGCACCGUAAACUACACUAGAAAAGACAAUUUUUUUCAAAGAUGCAAUCUGUAAAUAGUGCUAAAAGCAUGUAUAGUUAAAAUUGGUUACAUCGAUAGAACAAGUUUUAGUUAAUGCCCAUGAUGUGAAGAAUUACAAAAAUAUUUUUUUAAUUUCUGAAAAGGAAAAUAUGAGAACUACAUUAUUAUAUUAACAAAGAGGAAACCCAAAAGAAUCUAUUUAAAAAAGCAUAAGGGGAUUCUGUGUAUUAACAUGCAAUAACACGCAUGCAUACAUCAAUAGUCCAAAUCUUAUUUUAAGGGGCCAAUAUAUUUGUGUAUAUUUUCCACAUAAAUUUUAAUUUAAAAAAUGUAUACCAUUCAUUCAAAAGACCAUUCAUUUUAGAUUUAGUUUUUUUACCUCAAUAUACAAAUGUAAAUAAAACAUUAUUACCAAUUAUAAAAAGACCUUUUAAUUGAGGCAUGGACAAAUUUUUUGAACUCGCUAAACUAGAGUUCUCAAAACUUAAUUCCAUGCAAUUAGAUUUAAUUGAGUUAUUCCACAAUGCACUUAUAAAGUUCAAAUGCAGUUCUCAUUUAAACACUUACUCUUUAAAAACAAUGAGAUACAUUUUUUCUUUUAUUAAUACAUUUAUUGGGGAAAACUUAUUUUGACAUGAUGUGAUAAAAUGUGAAACUCAAUGUGUCUCAGGCUCAAGUUUUUAUAAAAGAAGUUAUUAAAUGUUUCAGAGUAUACAAAUUUUGUUUCCUUGUUGGUAUUAAGGGCCAAAUUAGUAUCAAUGAGUUAUUAAAUUCUAUCAGUUACUGCACUCUUAAAAGACUACUACUACUUAACUUUGAGUAUAUCUGACUAUAAAAAUCUAUCAUGUUCCUCUAAAUGAAAUAAAAGUGAGGUACAAAGAGGAUGUACCGUUAGGAAAAAAAAAAAAAGAUAAAGAGCACAGCAGCAAUUUCAUUCAAUAUAUUUUAAAGAUUCAUGUCUGCCAAACUGCAAUAUAUGGGAAGUUUAUUUCCUAUCAACAGGUGUGUACACAGGCCAAUACUUAAUCAUUUUAUGGCACCUAUGUCUUUGUCUGAGUGCUAAAUUUACAAACCGGCAAUUUUUAAUCUGGUAUAUGACAAAUAAUUCUGAAUCAUCAAUUAAAAGACAUUGGGGGGAGAGGAAUAGGGAAAAACUACAACUGGUUGAACACUUGAUUCUAGGAUGAGCAAUGUGUACAAUGAAAUUGUAUUAAGAUUU